GCAGUAAAGCGCUGUCGUUUUAUUUGCUUAUAAUCAUGUUUGAUUCCACUGUUUUUCUCUUGCAUUUCGGCAUAAAAUCAAAAAUAUGGCGUGGAGAGUAUAACACAAGCCCAUGUGUACCUUAGCAGUAGGCUGCUGAGCGGAGAUAAACGUAAACCGGCGUCAGGUUGUUGCACUGAAUUAUUUCAGUUUCAACUGACACAUGAUGAGUUCACUAUUAGAUGGUCAUUUAACAAAGAUAGUGUUAGUUGUACUGGUUGCCACCGUCGUAAGAUGGUGUGUUUCGCUGAACUCUCAUUCAGGACAGGGGAAACCCCCAAUGUUUGGUGAUUAUGAAGCCCAAAGACAUUGGAUGGAAAUCACAGUUAAUCUGCCUCCAAAGGAAUGGUAUUUUAACAGCAGUGCCAAUGACUUACAGUACUGGGGUCUGGACUACCCUCCUCUUACAGCAUAUCACAGCUGGUUGUGUGGAAUGAUAGCCAAGUUCAUCAACCCAGAAUGGGUGGCACUGUACUCAUCAAGAGGAGUAGAUAACCCUACACACAAGUUGUUCAUGAGAUCUACAGUGCUGGUGGCAGAUUUUUUGGUAUUCUUUCCAGCAGUGUUUGCUUACUUUCUGUACACAGACAAAAUUAAAUUUGACAAAGAUAGGACUAUUGCAAUUCUCUGCUGCUUCCUCUAUCCUGGAAUAAUCCUUAUUGAUCAUGGGCACUUUCAGUAUAAUGGGAUUAGUUUAGGGUUGACUGUCCUAGCAGUGGUAUUUUUGUCCACUGAUCAUGAUCUCCUGGGCUCAAUGGCAUUCUCUCUGGCACUGAACUACAAACAAAUGGAGCUGUACCAUGCCAUGCCAUUCUUCUGUUAUCUAAUGGGGAAGUGUUUAACUGCUGAGAAGGAAAAUUGGUUUUUCAAACUAGCCAAGAUUGGUAUAGUUGUAAUCUCCACAUUUUUCCUCUGUUGGCUGCCAUUUUUGACAAGUGCAGAGUCAGCCCUGCAAGUUCUACAUCGCCUCUUUCCAUUUGCUAGAGGACUCUACGAGGACAAGGUGUCAAAUUUCUGGUGUACCCUGUCUCUGGUGGUGAAGCUGAGACAGAUGAUGUCACGCGAGGACCUGGUGGUCCUAUGUGGCGGAACAACGUUGGCAGCUCUCCUUCCCUCCUCCAUAAAUCUGUUACGUAAUCCAACUAUAGACAGGUUUAAGCUGGCUUUGGUAAAUUCCUCAAUGGUGUUUUUCCUGUUUUCAUUCCAAGUUCAUGAAAAAUCCAUUUUGAUAGCAGCAAUACCAGUGUGUCUAUUACUCCAUGAGAGACCAUUUCCCUGCUUUUGGUUCCUGCUCAUUUCAACAUUUAGCAUGUUUCCACUGUUGGUGAUGGACGGUCUGGUGGUUGCAACCAUAGCAACAGGUUUGUUAUACUUCACCAUAGCAACCAGCAACCUGGACUUUGGACCCUAUACCUCAUACUUUCCCGGAAACAGAAUUUCAGUUCCACAGGAAAGGAAUGAUGUGAGGUUACUCAUAGCAACAAUGUUUUGGUUAUCUCUGUUGGGAAGUGUAGUAUUAGCAGUGGCCAGUUUAACGCUGACUCCACCCAAAAAAUUACCAGACUUGUUUCCAGUCCUGAUCUCAGCAUAUUCCUGCUGCCAUUUUGUACUGUUUACGCUAUAUUUUCACUGGUGGCAGUUUACGUGUGGCAGCAGUGAGACUAUGACUAAACACAGGGUCAGUGCAAGAAAUGAAAAGAAAAAAAGGACAUGAAUUCUCCAGAUCUGCAGGGAUUAUAGAAUCAGUU